AUCAUGGUUGUGUCAUCACACACCAGUCAUAUGACUUGAUAAUACUGUAUCCAAAUCCGAAAUACUUAUAACUUCUUAUCAAUUUAUCAUUUAAACAUGUUCGGUUCUUUCAAACUAUAAUUAUCGUAUAAGAUUAUAAAAUCAAAGAAUUUUUUACUUUUCAUAUGAUAAGUACUAGCUAAUCGUUUAGGACAAAAUUUCUACAACCGAGAAGAGCGAGCACAUUUAAAACUCGUACAAUUUGUAAUUAAGUUUUUUAAUAAGUAAUUUUAUUUAUUUAUCAGCAAAUAAUUUAAUUGCAUUUGAUAAUUGUGAUUAAGAUAUGGUUAAAAAAAACAUGGUGACACGUUCACACAUGUUCAUGUUUGUCAACAAAUAAUAGAUUUCUUUUUUAAUUCAAAUAUAAUUCUUAUUAAUUAAAUAAUAAAUCGAGUAAAUUAUAAAUUACAAUAUUUACUGCAAAUUAUUAUAAAUUAUCUGCAAAUAUUUGUGAUGAGUGCACUUGAUCUUUUAAUAAUUAUUGGAUUCAUACAUUGUUCUUUAUUUUUUUUCAACAUAUUAUUCCGGUCAUGCUUACACUAUCCAUAUUUUUUAUUUAUGGAAAAUACCGGUCUGGAGAUAAAGCCAUUACGAAUAAUUUGGUUCACGUCAUUUUUCAACCGUAACAUUCUGAAAUGGUCGAUGGAUAAAACAAAACUAUUGUCUUUAUGGUUUAAUUUAGGAGUUAUUGUCAGUAUUAUUUUAUUACCAAUAGCAUUUGGUUUUAUAAUAAAGAUGACAAUAUCAAACUUCUUAGAUAAAUCAGCAGAAGGUGGACCAGUUGACGAUAACUGGCAAUUAGAACCAAUGAUUCCAGGUAUCAAUGUCCCGGUGUCUGAUAUCCAAUACUACGUAAUAACUUUAGGAAUCUGUAGCAUUUUUCAUGAAAUGGGACAUGCAGUAGCUGCAUCGCGUGAAAAUGUCCAGGUCUACGGAGUUGGUUUUAUCCUAGCUUUCAUCUUACCUAUAGCAUACGUUUCAAUAAAUCACGAGCAAAUGAAAUUAUUGAAAAUUGGUGGGCAGCUACGGAUACUUUGUGCUGGUGUCUGGCAUAAUAUUAUCUUAGCUAUAAUUGCUGCUGCUAUUUUUUCUUCUAACUCGUGGAUUUGGGCCCCUUUAUAUAUAUCAAACUCUGGAGUCUACGUUACAUCAAUUGCAACCAAUUCGCCAUUAUUAGGACCACGUGGUUUAGAAACAUUUGAUGUUAUUUAUAAAAUAAAUAACUGCGACGUUAAAAAUAAUGAUGAUUGGUAUCAUUGUUUGCUGCAAACGAUUAAAAGACCAUCAUCUGGAUACUGUGUUGAACAAACAUUUAUCGAAGAGCACGAUGAAUCAAUUCCAUCCUGGAUGACAGAAAACGGAGUAACAAAUUGUUGUGAAGACAACAAGAAUGAUGAGAAUCUAUGUUUUGAAUAUGUAGAAAAUUUACAAGAUCCAUUAGAAUUGCCCCCGUAUUUUUGUUUACCAGCUAGAAAAAUAAUUGAACAUUCUGAAGGAUUAUGUCAGUUAUUUACUGACUGCUUGGGGUCUGAGGUUCACUGUAUUAAACCUUCGUUAGAUAAUAUUACAAAAGUGGUAAAAAUAUCAACGCAGAAAAAUAAUGUUCUAUUUUUAGGACAUCCGGCAGAUAUUUAUCGUACAGUUGAGACUUCGAACUGGACACCUAAAUAUCAGAUCUUCAGUCCCAAUUUACCUGAAUCACUAGAAUUACUGUGUAAAUACAUAACUGUAUUAUCUGCAGGUCUAGCUGUGAUAAAUAUAAUACCCUGUUUUUUUUUUGACGGACAAUAUAUAAUUGAAUCACUGGUACAAAGUAUACUCAGGUCAUUUGUUAGGCACAAAAGCGCACGUAAUUCAAUUGCGUUAAUAAUAACUUGCACUGGAAGUGUAUUUUUUGUAAUAAAUUUAAUUGUUACGUUGAUUAAAAUAUACUGA